CUGCACGGCCAAUCUGCGUUCCACCGACUUCCGGGAGGGAGCGGGGCCUUGCCGGUUGGCCCCGCUACCAGCAGCCAGGGUACGGCGACCUCGACUCGCGCCCCCUGAGCGGCUCGGACGAGCGGGCAGCAAGUACGGCCGACGGCGCACGUCUCCGGGCCGCGCCUCGCCGGGUAAGGUCCACGCCCGCCGCCUUUGGCUCUGCCCUCGCCGCCUCAGCGAUGUGCCGCUACUACUGGCCCUGCUGGAGACGCAGCUCAAGGUCGUUGAGUCCAGUGCUGGCCAGGCGGAAGUGAAGCAAGCGCCGUCGAGUGCUGGGCCCUCCCGUAGCGCAGGCCCGGGCAGUCGGCGAAUGACGGUAGCGUUCGCCGGCACUACUGGUGCUUCUUCGGUAGUGGCUGCCGGUGCUUCGGCUCCCAGCUCUGCGCGCAGGGGAUGUCCGGGGGGGCACCGCCGCCUGGCGGCUCUUCGUCGGGGCAGCCGGGGCCGUCGUCGAGCAAGCCCGCUGACAAAGCCAACGACAAGGCGCUCGAAAAGUCGACGGACAGGUCGACGGUCUCGCACCACAGCAGGAGGCUCAGCCGCGAAAAGUCGGUGACAUCCCCCGACAAGUCAUCGUCGUACAAGUCGCCGACCAGGGCCUCGCCGUCGACUAGCAAGGGGCGUCGCGACAACGUGCCCCUUGGAGCAUCGGCGUCCACCGACCCCUACGAUGUUGCUUAUGAAGAGAACAAUGAGGAGGAUAUUGACUCAAUGGAGGGCCAGAAGAGCGUGUUUUCGCACCUGUUGUCACAAGUCUACAUUGGCAUGGACCUUACCAAGGUCACCUUGCCCACUUUCAUUCUGGAGAAGCGCUCCCUGCUCGAGAUGUACGCCGACUUCUUCGCGCAUCCAGAGCUGUUUGUCAGCAUCGUGGACCGGGGCGGCGCCAAGGAACGCAUGGUGGAGGUAGUGCGCUGGUACCUGUCCGCCUUCCACGCCGGACGGAAGGGCGCCAUAGCCAAGAAGCCGUACAACCCGAUCCUUGGGGAGAUCUUCCGCUGCUACUGGAGGAUCGGCGACAAGCCGGGCGCACCCGUACCCGAUGGCCCGGUGCCGUGGGCUACCACCAACGACUUGUGCUUCAUCGCAGAGCAGGUGUCCCACCACCCACCUGUGUCGGCGUUCUACGCGGAGCACGUAGCCAAGGGCAUCUGCUGCUGCGCGCACAUCUGGACCAAAUCCAAGUUCCUGGGAAUGUCUAUCGGCGUGCACAACGUUGGCCAGGGCACCAUCUGGUUUAUGCGUCACGACGAGGAGUACGUGGUCAACUUCCCCAGCGGCUACGGACGCUCCAUCUUCACCGUGCCCUGGGUAGAGCUGGGAGGCACCGUCGACAUCAAGUGCGAAAAGACCGGCUACAGCUGCACCAUCGAAUUCCACACCAAGCCGAUGAUCGGAGGCAAGAAGCACCAGCUGACGGCCGAGAUAUUCCCGCCCAACGACAAGCGACCUUUCCUCACGGUUUCUGGCGAGUGGAACGGUGUCAUGACUGCCAAGAACAUUCACGGGACCGAGGUCGCCUUCGUCGACACGACAACCAUGCCGAUCACAAGGAAGAUCGUCCAGCCGAUAAAAGAACAAAUGGCUCACGAGUCGCGCAGGUUGUGGAAGGACGUGACGCUCAACCUGAAGCGCAAGGACGUGGACAAGGCCACGGAGGCCAAAUCAGCGCUGGAAGACCAGCAACGGAAAGAGGCGGCGGCGCGCAAGGAGUCCAACGGCAAGUGGGAGACCAGGCUGUUCGAGCCGCAAGGCGAUGGCUGGACGUACAAGCAUCCGCUGAACAAACGUCUAGCGGCAGCGAAGAAAGGCGGUAAAUAGACGACCAGCAGGACAACGACGAAAUAAGCUCAGGGGCAGCGGAGAUCGCGCAUAGACACAUCGAGGCUUUCCCAUGGGUUCCCAUCAGCACGCCAUCACCAGGUGUCCAGCGGGCUCUGUGCAAAGGAUGUGUCGCCGCUAGCUUCCCCGAUGUCACCCGGGACUUUCUUUAGUGCCACUUACAAACUGGUGCGCCGAUUUUGGUUGGCGAUGUGCCCUUUUGGUUCAGACGGCGAGGUCUGGAGCAAGUUUACUUGCGACAACAAAGAAAGCUUUAGCGUCAAAACAUGCUCAACGGCUUAAGGACUGUGAUAAUAAAUUAGGCUCCUCGGGAGCCUUCGUUGUUCUCUUUUUGCAUACUGCA